CGCCUAGUGCAAUAUAAUACCUACUACGUCUCACUUGUAGUUAUUGUAUUUAUACCCGCUAUAGCUACGAUUAAUAUUCGAUUGACGUAAACACUCGUUUUGAUGUAAUACACCGGUUUAUCUGUGAACUGAAAAAUCGAUAGUUUAACAGCAUCUCCUUAUGAAUAGGGAGAAAAAGCAUUUUGUACUUGUUCUAUCCUAUUAAAUGCUGUGAAGGUGUGAUCUGUUUAUGUGAAAUGUGUUAUUUGAAAGAACAUUCCGAUAUAACAUGAUGCUGGAAAAAAGGCUCUACAACCCGCUGUUUCUUCUAUUAGCCUUAAUACUAUGUGUAACCAUAAUUUUUUACGUUUUUCGAAAAAAGCCAGAACGAAUACUAGCCUAUAAAUUGCAUUCCAGCAAUUCCAGUUAUACUUAUCCGAUACAUAAUUUGCCUAAAGAUGACUACAACCGUUUAAUCGACCUUAAUUUUACUUUUAAAAUUAUAAACUACCCCUGCAAUGAUUCAAAUCCGCCACUUUUGUUGGUACUGGUGCAUACGUCUCCGGAUAACCAUGUGAAAAGGAGCACAAUCAGAGACACCUGGGGUAAAAACGAUAACGAAGUUAAAGUUUUGUUCGUAAUUGGAGACACCAAUAAUACGAGCACGCAAAACCAAGUGCUCGAGGAAAAUUUGCAGUAUGGGGAUUUAAUUCAAGGAGAUUACAUGGACGCGUACAGGAACAUGACCUACAAGCACGUGAUGAUACUGAAGUACGCAAUUUAUCAUUGCCCAUUAGCCAAAUACAUCCUUAAGACUGACGAUGAUGUUUUUGUUCACAUAAGAGGAAUGAAGCAUUUUCUUAGUAAUAAUUUAUCCUUGCUUGGUGCCAGUAAUGUGCUAUUUUGCACGACAAGGGAGCACACUAUAGCCCUGAGAUCGUACAGAUCGAAAUGGAGGGUAACGUUCAAGGAAUUCCCCGACAAGUACUACCCGACGUACUGUCCCGGUUGGAAUUUGCUCUACUCGCCCGAUGUCAUAUUUAAUUUGUACGAAGAAGCUCAACAAGCGGACUACUUUUGGAUCGACGACGUUCAUAUAACCGGCAUCCUAGCUAAAAAAUUAAACAUUGUUCACACCAAUAUACAACCACUUGUUGUAUCUAGUCAAAAUCUUUAUUAUAUAGAAAAAUCGUAUAAUAUAACCCAGCCGUUUCUUUAUGGCCCUUAUAAUUUAAAUGAGAACACUAUUAGGACUUUGUGGAAAUACGCCAAUACACAUCCCACGCCAAAUUAUACAGGGUGGGAGGAUUUUAAUUGAAAGAACUGAUAAUUUGUUAUGAUUUUUAAAUUGAAUAUCAUUGUUCCUAAUAGUUAAACUGUAUAAAAACAUAGGAAAUUGAUAAAAACCCAAUUAGCUUUGAAAAAUCCAGGCAUUCUAUUUUACGUGUUUUUAUUGGCCGAAAAUUUUUGUUUUCGCAAUCUGCAUUUUCUUUGUGUGGUAAUUACUUUAUCAAAACACAUAUCUGAUUCAUAUCAAACAUUUUUUGAUGACGAAUACAUUUUGAUGAAUAAAAUAAUUUUUUAUAAAACAAUCCAGUAUGUGGUACAAACAAGCUAUACUUUGAUUUUCAAAAUUGAAUAAUAAGAAUAAAUUUACAAACUGGUUUAAACGUUAAAGAUUCUACUCGGUAUUUAACAUUUUGAUCCUUUUUUCCAUCCAUAUAUGUCGGCCCUGAGUACUAACUCUUUUAAAACAAAUUUAUUUCUGAAAAACCAGUUUUUAUUAAAAAUGUGUUGUUUACCCAAACCUAUCAAUUUAUUAUGGCAUGAA